AUGAGGCUUCUUAUUUGGAAUAUAAGAGGUUUGAAUCAACCCCAUAAGCAACAGGAGGUGAAGAAAUGUAUUAGACAGUUUCAUGUUUCUAUCCUUUGUCUUGUUGAAACAAGAGUCAAAGUGAAUAAUGUGGUCAGAAUUAAGGAUGUCAUUUGUCCUUCUUGGCAGUUACUUAAUAACUAUUUGGCUCAUCCUUUGGGAAGAGUUUGGAUCUGUUGGGAUCUUGGAAUCUUCUCCAUUGAUGCUGUCUCCAUUAGUGAGCAAGUGAUUACAUGUAGGGUUAAUGCUAUCCAAGAGACUUAUCCAUGGAUUUUAUCUGUGGUUUAUGGAGCUAAUCACGGUCUGGAUCAUAGAAGGAUGUUAACUGAGUUGGUUAGGACAAAAGAUUUAGUUGGUUGUCAGCCUUGGGUUAUUGCAGGAGAUUUUAAUGUUAUCAGGUUUCCUCAGGAAACUAGUGAUAAUAAUCUGUCCACCUGCUAUGAAAAGGAGUUUGUCGAAUGCCUUCAGGUCUUGGAAGUGGAGGAUGUUCCUGUCACUGGCUGUUUUCACACCUGGAUGAAUAAGCAGGUAGAUAUGGACUUUGUUUCCAAGAAGUUAGACAGGGUCCUUUCUAACCUUGAAUGGUUAAGGGUCUUCCCUAAUACUUCGGUGGAUUUUAUGGAGAGGGGGAUCUCGGAUCACUCUCCUACACUUAUGUGCAUUGGGAAGCUACCUAGUUUUGGUCCCAAGCCGUUCAAAUUUUUUAACUUUUGGGCUGAUCAUGCGUCUUUCCUGGAUUGGGUGGCUAAAGGGUGGGCUACGGAAGUUGAGGGGUACUCUAUGUAUCAGCUCUAUGUCCAGCUCAAAGCUAUCAAGGCCACUUUAAAGCUCAAAAAUCUCGAGGUUUUUGGGGGGUUACAGCAAAAGGUUGAAAGAGCUCGGUCCUACUUUCACAAUCUUGUUAAAGUCAGAAAUGCUUCUAAUCUUGUGAAAGUCCUUAAGGAUGAUCAAGGUUCUACUGUCUCGAAGCCUCAUCUUAUUAACGAGCUUGUUGUUGGCUUUUAUGAACUUCUUGGUCAUUCUUCUCAUUUCUUUUCGGAUUCAAAAGCUGACAGAGUCUCUCAACUUAUCCAGAAGAGGUUUUCUUCUUCUUGCAUUGAUGGCAUGCAAGCUACUGUUUCUAGGGAGGAGGUGAAGAGAACUGUUUUUUCCAUGAAGGCCAGUAAAGCCCCGAGUUCGGAUGGCUUUUCUGCUAGUUUCUUUCAAAAGGCCUGGGCUAUUGUUGGUAGGGAUGUUACUGAUGCAGUCCUAGAGUUUUUCUACUCGAGGAGGUUAUUGAGAGAGGCUAAAGCUACAAUUAUCACCUUAGUCCCUAAGAGGAAACAGCCUUCUGUGAUGGGUGAUUUUAGACCUAUCUCAUGUUGUAACAUUGUGUAUAAGGUGAUUACUAAGAUCCUUGCCAAUCGGUUACGUCCGGGUCUGAAUGAUAUAGUCAGCUGGAAUCAAUGGGCGUUUAUUCCACAGAGGAGUAUUGCUGAAAACAUCCUCUUUGCCAUGGAGCUCGUGAGUGACUAUCAUAAAAGCAAGGGUAAGGCCAAAAAGUAUGUUGCUUGGGUGAGAGCUUGCAUUUCCAGCCCCUCAUUUUCUAUUGCCCUUAAUGGUUCUUUGGUAGGCAAUAUCCAAGGAAGGAAAGGGCUUAGACAAGGUGAUCCGAUCUCACCUUAUCUGUUUGUGUUGGCCAUGGAGGUGUUAUCUAGGCUGUUGGCUGAGGCCUCUAUGGAUGUGGAGUGUUUUAGGUUUCAUCCUAAAUGCCAAAAGUUGAAGCUCACACACUUGUGCUUUACUGAUGAUUUCUUGAUCUUUUCUACUGCUGAGCUUGAGUUCAUUCGAACUAUUCAUAGUAUUUUAGGUGAGUUUGAAGAUCUUUUUGGCCUUAAAGCCAAUCCUUCUACAAGUUCCUUCUUCUGUUCGGGGGUAUCGAAAGAUGAUAAAGCUGCUUUAUUGGAGGUGUUGCAAAUGCUGGAGGGAUCUCUUCUUGUCCAGUAUUUAUGGGUUCCUCUCAUUACUAAGCGGUUAUCGGCUGUUGAUUGUGGGGUUUUGGUAGCCCGUAUCUCAGGGAGGAUUGACUCUUGGUUGGUGAGGCAUCUUUCCUUUGUAGAUUCUAAGGCCAAGGCUAAGGUGGCUUGGAAUAAGCUAUGCUGUCCUAAAACUGAGAGGGGUCUUGGCAUUAAGAGACUUGAAGAAUGGAAUAGGGCUGCUAUGUUGAAGCAUAUUUGGAGUCUUUUUGCUCAAUCUGGAUCUCUUUGGGUUGCUUGGUUGCAUUCCUAUUGGCUUAAGGGGAGAAGCUUGUGGAAUAUAGCUAUCCCCAAAGUGUGUUCUUGGAGCUGGAAAAAACUGCUCAACCUCCGUGAGUUGGCUAAGGAGUUCAUCAGUUUCAAAGUUUGGCCUCCUGCUCGGUCUAAUCUCCUUGUGGAGAUUCAGAGCCGGUUGUUUGAUGUUCCUAUUGAGGAAAGAGACAUUCCAGUAUGGAAGGCUUCUAAAGGGAUCUACUCUUGCUCUGGAACCUGUAACUGUCUUAGGACUAAGUUUACGGAAGUUGCUUGGAGUCAUGUGGUUUGGUUUAACUUGGCAAUCCCUAGAUAUGCAUUUAUCUUACGGCUUGUUUUCAGGGGUGCUCUCGUCACCAAGGAGAGAAUGUGUUGUUGGGGUUUUGAGGGCAACACUUUAUGCAGAUUCUGUUAUGGGGGGCAAGAGUCUAUAGAUCAUCUUUUCUUCCUUUGUAGCUUUUGUCGGCGCAUAUGGAGAAAUUUGAUGGCCCUGUGUUUGGUUCAGCAACCUUUUACCGAAUGGGACGAUGUUCUGCGUUGGUCGUGUUCCCAUAAAGGCCGUAGCUUGCAGGUUCUAGUCUGUAAGUUGUGCUUGGCGGCUACUGUUUAUCAUUUGUGGAGGUUGAGGAAUGACUUGUGUCAUGGGAAUACCUCAAGGAUCGAAGAAACUCUUGUUGCCCAAAUUCAAUGGGAAGUGAGAAGUAGACUUUUGUUUCAUCAGAAGGGUGGGAGGUCGGCCAUGGCUACUCAGCUGAUGCAGAUUGGAGAUUGUAGAUGUUUUGUAGUUGUUUUGUGUUGUUGA